AUUGGCUCAUUUAAAAAUUUCAGAACCUUUUCAUCUAAAAGCUUUUUUUUUUAAGGAAAUUUAUAAUUUUGAUUUCCCAGGGUUGCACUGGACUUGUAAGGAGUGCUGUUGUGUACAUACUAUUGUAUGGUUUUAUUUAUUUUUUUACUGUGCAAAUCAGCUGGAAGAUUUUUUUCCAGGUGUCAGUUUGGAUUUUUUCUUUUUUUUUUUUUUUUUGGUCCCUCAGUAUAUCUGUUGUCGUUUUAGGCAUUGGAGACCAGAGAAUUAUUUUUUUCCCCUUUGGAGCUUGAGGCUUUUGCCAACGUAAGGACAGCUGGGAAAACUGGAUUAAAAGGAUGUUUUUAAUCUAUAUUUUGCAGUUAAGAUUGAUAUUUUGAAGGCACAUUCUUUCUGUGAUUUUUUUUUUUAAAGCCCACAGCGCUAUCCUUGAAGAGAUUUGUGGUUGGGUUUUUGGUUUUUAAGAAGGUCAUAGUUUUUCUCUUUUUCUUUCUUUUUUUUUGUUUUUAAGAGAGGGGAGGGGAAAGGGGGGCUAAGAAAGGAGACCAUGUUAACUGGUAGAAGUAGAAUGGAGCUUCAGUCACCCGGGUCCUGAGAGCUGGAGGAAAAAGGAUUGUCUUCAAGUUGGGAGGCCCUCCUCUCACCUUUUUAAAAAUUGCGAGCGAUUCAGUCCUGAUCAAGACAUCACAACUACAGGAUUCUGAAACUGUGGAGACACCGAGAAACCAUGAGUGUAAGGUUACCCCAGAGUAUAGACAGGUUAAGUAGCCUGUCUUUGGGAGAUUCAGCACCUGAACGCAAGUCCCCUUCUCACCACCGCCAGCCCUCUGACGCAUCUGAGACAACAGGUCUUGUUCAACGCUGUGUCAUCAUCCAAAAGGACCAGCAUGGCUUCGGCUUCACAGUCAGCGGGGACCGCAUCGUGCUGGUGCAGUCUGUGCGGCCUGGAGGUGCAGCCAUGAAAGCCGGUGUGAAAGAAGGUGACCGGAUCAUCAAAGUGAACGGCACCAUGGUGACCAACAGCUCACACCUGGAGGUGGUGAAACUCAUCAAAUCUGGGGCCUAUGUUGCUCUCACUCUCCUGGGCUCUUCGCCCUCAUCCGUUGGUGUCUCUGGGCCCCAGCAGGACCCAGCCCCAGCAGGAGCUCCCCGAGUCGCCCCCAUGGUCCCCCCACCGCCACCUCCUCCACCUCUGCCACCUCCACAGCGCAUCACGGGACCCAGACCUCUGCAGGAUCCCGAAUUUCAAAAACAUGCCACCCAGAUCCUUAGGAAUAUGCUGAGACAGGAGGAAAAGGAGUUACAGCGUAUCUGUGAGGUGUAUAGCCGGAACCCCGCCAGCCUGCUGGAAGAGCAGAUCGAAGGCGCCCGGCGGCGAGUCACUCAGUUACAGCUGAAGAUCCAGCAGGAGACUGGUGGCUUAGUGGACAUACUCCCAGUCUAUGGGGACGCCAGCCAGAGAUCGUCGGAAGGCCGACUCUCUCUGGAUUCCCAGGAAGGGGAUAGUGGCUUGGACUCCGGCACAGAACGCUUUCCUUCCCUCAGCGAGUCCUUGGCGAAUCGGAACUCGGUGCUGUCAGACACUGGGCUGGACAGUCCUCGGACCUCCCCUGUGACCGUGGCCCGGCUGGCGCAGCGCCACCGGCGGCAGGGCUCCGACGCACCGGUUCCCCCCAGCACCGACCAGGGUGUAGAUCAGAGCCCAAAGCCUUUAAUUAUUGGCCCAGAGGAAGAUUAUGACCCGGGUUAUUUCAACAACGAGAGCGACAUCAUAUUCCAGGACUUCGAGAAACUCAAGUCGAGGCCAGCUCACCUGGGGGUUUUUCUGCGGUACAUCUUCUCUCAGGCGGACCCCAGUCCCCUGCUUUUUUACUUGUGUGCAGAAGUUUAUCAGCAAACAAACCCCAAGGAUUCCCGAAGCUUGGGAAAAGACAUCUGGAAUAUUUUCCUAGAGAAAAAUGCGCCUCUGAGGGUGAAGGUCCCAGAAAUGUUGCAGGCCGAAAUUGACCUGCGCCUGCGAAGCAGUGAGGAUGUGCGCGCGGCUCUCUGCGAGGCUCAGGAGGCGGCCGUGCCCGAGAUCCAGGAGCAGAUCCACGACUACAGAACAAAGCGCACCCUGGGGCUGGGCAGCCUAUACGGUGAAAACGACCUGCUGGAGCUGGAUGGGGACCCUCUCCGUGAGCGCCAGGUGGCCGAGAAGCAGCUGGCUGCCCUGGGAGACAUCCUGUCCAAAUACGAGGAAGACAGGAGCGGCCCCAUGGGCUUCGCCCUCAAUACCUACAUGAGCCAUGCAGGCAUCCGUCUUCGAGAAACACGACCUCCCAACACGGCUGAAAAGGCCCAGUCCGCUCCUGACAAAGACAAGUGGCUGCCCUUCUUCCCGAAAACCAAGAAGCAGAGCAGCAAUUCCAAGAAAGACAAGGAUGCCUUGGAGGACAAGAAGCGAAACCCCAUUCUCAAGUACAUCGGGAAGCCCAAAACCUCUUCCCAGAGCAUCAAACCCGGCAAUGUGAGGAACAUCAUUCAGCACUUUGAGAACAACCAGCAGUAUGACGCCCCGGAACCCGGGACACAGCGCCUCUCAACAGGAAGCUUUCCCGAGGACCUGCUGGAGAGCAACAGUUCCCGCUCAGAGAUUCGCCUGGGCCGCUCUGAGAGUCUGAAGGGCCGGGAGGAGAUGAAGCGGUCCCGGAAGGCGGAGAACGUGCCCCGCUCUCGCAGCGACGUGGACAUGGACGCCGCCGCGGAGGCCGCCCGCCUCCACCAGUCAGCCUCCUCGUCUGCCUCCAGCCUCUCCACCAGGUCUCUUGAGAACCCAACCCCUCCCUUCACCCCCAAAAUGGGCCGCAGGAGUAUCGAGUCCCCCAACUUGGGGUUCGGCACAGACGCCCUCCUCCCUAACCUGCUAGAAGACGAUCUGGGCCAGCUGUCUGACCUGGAGCCAGAGCCAGACACCCAGAACUGGCAGCACACAGUGGGCAAGGACGUGGUGGCCAGGCUGAGCCAAAGGGAGAUUGACCGGCAGGAGGUCAUCAAUGAGCUGUUCGUGACCGAGGCGUCCCAUCUGCGCACACUCCGGGUCCUUGACCUGAUCUUCUACCAGCGGAUGAAGAAGGAGGGCCUGCUGCCCCGCGAGGAGCUGGCCCGGCUAUUCCCCAACCUGCCCGAGCUCAUCGAGAUCCACAAUUCCUGGUGUGAAGCUAUGAGGAAGCUCCGGGAGGAGGGCCCCAUUAUCAAAGAAGUCAGUGACCUCAUGCUGGCUCGGUUUGACGGCCCUGCCCGGGAGGAGCUCCAGGAGGUGGCCGCACAGUUCUGCUCCUAUCAGUCCGUCGCCCUGGAGCUGAUCAAGACCAGGCAGCGCAAGGAGAGCCGGUUCCAGCUCUUCAUGCAGGAGGCCGAGAGCCACCCUCAGUGCCGGCGACUGCAGCUGCGGGACCUCAUCGUCUCCGAGAUGCAGCGGCUCACCAAGUACCCGCUGCUGCUGGAGAGCAUCAUCAAGCACACGGAGGGCGGCACCUCCGAGUACGAGAAACUCUGCCGGGCCCGGGACCAGUGCCGGGAGAUUCUCAAGUAUGUGAACGAAGCGGUAAAGCAGACAGAGAACCGGCACCGUCUGGAAGGCUACCAGAAGCGCCUGGACACCACCUCCCUGGAGAGGGCCAGCAACCCCCUGGCAGCAGAGUUCAAGAGUUUGGAUCUUACAACCAGAAAGAUGAUCCACGAGGGGCCUCUGACCUGGAGGAUCAGCAAGGAUAAGACCUUGGACCUCCACGUGCUGCUGCUGGAGGACCUCCUGGUGCUGCUGCAGAAACAGGACGAGAAGCUGCUGCUCAAGUGCCACAGCAAGAUGGCCGUGGGCUCCUCAGACAGCAAGCAGACCUUCAGCCCCGUGCUCAAGCUCAACGCUGUGCUCGUCCGCUCGGUGGCCACAGAUAAACGGGCCUUCUUCAUCAUCUGUACCUCUGAGUUGGGCCCACCUCAGAUCUACGAGCUGGUGGCUUUGACAUCAUCAGACAAGAACACGUGGAUGGAGCUCUUAGAAGAGGCUGUUCGGAAUGCCACCAGGCUCCCCGGAGCUGCCCCGACACCCAUCCACCCCCCGCCCCCAGGCCCCCAGGAGCCAGCCGACCGGAGCCCCACACCCAGCAGGGCAGGACCGGACGACUCCGAGGUGUUCCGUGGUGAAGCGGAGCCUGAGGCAGCCCCGGGAGGCAUGGGGUGCCAGCAGAGGGUCCAAGCGAAGCACUCGGCCCUGCUGGCAGAUGCUGAGCAGGAGGGCAGCGUGGAGGAAGAGGAGCUGGGGGCGCUGCCUCACUCUUCUGCCUCGCUGGACAGCGAGCACAGGGGAAGCAGGACGAGGGACCCCAUCCUCCUGCCCCUCCCAGGCCCUCUGUUCAUGGAAGGACUCGCGGACGCAGCCCUGGAGGACGUGGAGAACCUGCGGCACCUGAUCCUGUGGAGCCUGCUGCCUGGUCACCCCACGGACCCACGAGCUGCUGGGGAGCCCGAGGACGACCUGACCCCUACACCCUCCAUCAAUAGCAUCACUUCGCACCCCUGGGACCCAGGUUCCCCAGGGCGAGCUCCUACUGGGGCUGAAGGGGACAAGGCCCCACUCUCGGGGCCAGAGUGGAGCCAGCCAGGGCAGGAGGACAUGGCUUUGCGUUCUCUGGAACAACUGCCCCCAAGGACCAGGAAUUCUGGGAUCUGGGAAUCUUCCGAGCUAGACAAGAAUCCGGAGGAAGAAGCUUCAAGCACAGAGGGCACAGGAAGUUACAAAGUUGUAAGAAAAGCGGAGGUGGCAGGCAGCAAGGUGGUCCCUGCACUACCAGAGAGUGGCCCGUCAGGGCCUGAGCCACCCGAAGCAGAAGGCGGAGCAAAGGCUGCGGGGAACUGCUUUUACAUCAGCAUGCCGGCAGGACCCCCUGACUCAAGUACUGACCCGUCAGGAGCACACACGAGCCCUUCCCAGCCCGACGGCCUCCCUGCCUGGCAGACAGAGCCUCAGCCCCCACUUCAGGGAGGCCAUGGAGAUCAGAAGCGCCCCAGCCGCUCUCCCCCAAGUCUGGCCCUCAGGGAUGUGGGCAUGAUCUUCCGCACCAUCGAGCAGCUUACCCUCAAGCUCAACCGGCUCAAGGACAUGGAGCUGGCCCACAGAGAGCUGCUCAGGUCCCUCGGGGCUCAGUCAUCUGGCGGCACCACACCUGUGGGCAGUUUCCACACAGAGGCAGCUAGAUGGAUAGAAAGCUCCCUCUCCCCUCCAGCCAAGGAGCCCCCAGCCUCUGACUCCACGGACAGCCGCGAACUGGGGCCCUGUCCGGAGGACGGCCCCACUCCAAUGGAAGACGGCACGGCAGACACAGCCACAUCCCCAGGACCGUAGCUGUCGGAACCACUGAGUCCUCACAACCCCACUCCUCCGCUAGGGACUGGCCUGAGGCAGGGCGCAGGGUGGGGAGACCCCAGACCUCCUGCCCGGUAGAGGCGGUUGAGGAGAAGGCUUCAGCCGAGACCCUGGGGGAGAUCCGCAUGUUGCUUGGUCUGCUCAGAUUGGAGUCAAGUGUCAGUGUCUUUUCCCCCCUCCCUUCAGCCCACCCCUCCAAGGCCUCCUGUCUCCUAAGCAUGCAGACUGCAUCUGAAAGGCCCCCUCGCCCCCACGUGCUUGUGCGCGCCUGUAUGUGUGGGUGCCCUCAGACGAGCCAGUGCGAGUGCGAGUGUGAGGAGCCAGCUCCGGUGUAAAUGCACUUUCUCCUUCCCCUCCUCCACAGGACCCCAGGCGGGGGGGGGUGUCUCCGCCUCCUCUUUGCCACUUUGGUCUCCUAUAAAUAUGUAUGUAUUGUAUGUGUAUCUCUGCGAUUGUAAAUAGCUUCACCCUGUUUUGUUUCUGAUCCUGGAGCACUGGGGGCAGUUACACAAGGGCUGCUUAGGGAACAGGAGGUUCACUUGGGCCUCCUAGUUAGCGGCCCAGCUCCAGGAUCAGGGCCCAGAGGUGGAGCCAUCCCUGAGGCCUCCAGCUUCCAGCCUCCUUGGCCCGGUGCUGAGCUCCUCCCUCCCUCCCAGGACUUCUCAUCUUCAGGGGAACUUCUUACCCCACCUGUGUCCACCCUUCCCCACCCUCUCCCUGUAGAAAACCAGUGUAUCAGGUACAGAGCUGAAAACUGGGCCCCAGGACGGGGGGUAGGGGGUUGAAUGCUGGAGUCCCUAAACUAACCUAGGACCAUCCCCAGGGGCUACCACAGCCUUGGCCCCCAUUACCACACCCACUCCACCCCCCACUGACUAAUAGAAUAUACACACUGUGCUAGGUGUAU